GACACUCAGGACAGGAACAUGGCGAGCCUGCAGACCCCGCUCCUGGCUGCCCUCGUCUUCCUUGCUAUGAUACUUCAAGCAACUGAGGCAGGCCCCUACGGCGCCAACGUGGAGGACAGCGUCUGCUGCCGGGACUACAUCCGCCACCCCCUGCCCCUGCGUGUGGUGAAGUAUUACUACUGGACUUCAGACUCCUGCCGGAGGCCUGGCGUGGUCCUGCUAACCUUGAGGGACCGAGAGAUCUGUGCUGACCCCAGACUGCCCUGGGUGAAGAAGAUUCUCCAGAGGCUGGACCAAUGAGGCAGGCCCUGCCCUGAUGACCGUGGCCUUGGAUCCUCCAGGAAGGCUCACGGAGCCCUACCUCCCUGCUGUUACAGCUGCUCCCUGACACAAGCCUAUGCCAACAACUCUCAGUGAUCCCUGUGGCUGUCACCCUCAGUCAAGUCUCCAACUGUCACUCUUAUCUCCCCUCUUACCCUUCCAAUCCAUCCUCUGUAACUCCCCCUCCCCCACCCCCCAGGCAGAGGGUCCACAAUCCUGGUCAGUCAUUCCCCUGCUUAAAAUCCUUCCAAGGCUCCCCAUUGCCCUAGGCCAAGGUCCGAGCUCCUCCAGGUCUGGGUCUCAUCCCCAGCCCUGCCUCAUUUCCCUUCAUGCAGCUGGACUCCGGCUUCCUGUUUUCCAAA